AAUGGUCGUUGUAUACCGAAAUUGUGGGUUUGUGAUUUUGAUAAUGACUGUGGUGAUGACUCAGAUGAGCCUGCAUUUAUGUGUAGACAGCGAAAUUGUACUACUGGAUGGCAAAGAUGCCCUGGUAAAACUAACUAUCGUUGUAUACCUAAAUGGUUGUUUUGUGACGGUAAAGAUGAUUGUCGUGACGGAUCAGACGAAUUACCUGAAAAUUGUCCAAAAUGUCAAUCAGCUGGAGAUUUUCAAUGUAAAAAUAAUAGAUGUAUACCAAAAAGAUGGUUAUGUGACUUUGAAAAUGAUUGCGGAGAUAAUUCGGACGAAUCUGAAGAUAUGUGCAAAGGACUUUAUAGACAAUGUUCAGAAUCAGAAUUUCAAUGUUCAAAUGGAAAGUGUAUACCGGGUCAAUGGAGAUGUGACCACGAUGAUGAUUGUGGAGACAAUUCUGACGAACUAAACUGUGGUGGAUUCCAAUGUAAAAAUGGCACGUUCCAAUGUAAGAGUGGUCAUUGUAUUGCAUCAUAUUUCCGUUGUGAUGGCGAUAGAGAUUGUAGAGAUUUCAGUGAUGAAAUUGGAUGUCCGCCACGAUAUCCAGGAGGUCGCUAUUGUCCUGCUUCUAAAUUUGAAUGUAAAACUACCAAACUAUGUAUUUUCAACUCUGAACUUUGUGAUGGAGAAGAUGAUUGUGGUGAUGGUUCUGAUGAAGCAUCUGACUUAUGCUCAAAUUUAAGUUGUACAUUGGAUAACCGAUUUUUGUGUGACAAUAAACACUGUAUACCUAUGUACCAGCGUUGUGAUGGAGUGGAUAAUUGUGGAGACGGUUCGGAUGAAAAUGAUUUGAGUGUUUGUGGAUUAUCACAAAAUAAUAGACAGUGUGAUCAUUAUACAGAAUUCACAUGUUCUAACCGCAAAUGUGUUGACAAAUCUAAACUUUGUGAUAGGAAAUAUGACUGUGAAGAUUUAUCUGACGAAAAAGGAUGCA